GCAGUCAGCUACUAUACGUUUCAGACGCAUUUCUCCCAUCGAAAAUUUUAAUACAAAAAGUAAAAUUUUUUUUCUGCACAUUUAAGAAUAACCUACUAGGCAAAUUAUAGAGCGCCAGUGCUUUAAACACAAUUAACACAGCUUCAAGCACAUUUAUUUGCUUUUGUGUUCAUAAAUUUUGGUUUAUUUUUAUAUUUUGGUUCAGUAAAUUGACAAAAUGACUUCGAUUGAAUCAAAACGCGUCCAAUAUCGCAAGUACCUGGAACGCGCUGGGGUUAUAGAUGCUCUAAGCAAGGCAUUAAUAAAGCUCUAUGAAGAGCAAAAUAAACCAGAGGAUGCAAUAAGGUUUGUACGCAAGUUCAUGUGCGAAAGUUGUCCAGAUGAUGCGCAGUAUGAUUUGAUGAAGAAUGAUCUAGAUGAGGCCAAAUCGACAAUAUCACGCCUCGAGCAGGAGCUUGAGCGAUUACGUGGACAGAUCAAGAAAUCGCCGGAGGAGUACGAGGAGCUCACAUUGGCUGGGUACAAAUCACUCACAGAUGAUGAGGAGAACGUUAGUUCCCUGCUACGGAAGUAUCUUACGCCCGAAUUGCUGGAAGAGUAUAUGCGAAUAACCACAUCGUCACCAGUGGAGGCUUAUCUAUAUGAUUGUGCUGUCUCGGGCUUCGAGCACCACGAUUCUCACGUGGGUAUCUAUGCAGCCGAUGCGGAGAGCUAUGAUGUGUUUAACAAGCUGUUCGAUCCGAUUGUCAAGGACUACCAUGGACAGGAGGAAAACGAAAGCGAUGUCUUGCAGAGGGACACAGAUUGGGGCAAUGUGGACGAGGUAGAAAAUCUAGACGCGGAACGCAAGUACAUACUAUCAGCGCGCAUACGUAUAGCACGCAACAUCGAGGGAUUUCCCUUCUUUCCAAAGUUGACAGAGAAGCAGCUCAUCGAGGUGGAGGAAAAGGUCCGCGCUGCCACAGAGACGAUGGACGGUGAACUAAUCGGCACCUACUUAACAUUGGGCGAUAUCGACACCGAGACUCAGCAGGAAAUGGUCAAGCGACACAUACUUUUCCAGCGAGGCGAUGAAUACCUUCAAACAGCAGGCUGUUAUCGGUUCUGGCCCACCGGGCGUGGUGUUUACCACAAUCCUGCCGAAACAUUUUUAAUUUGGGUCAACGAAGAGGACCAUUUGCGCAUUAUUUCUAUGGCACAGUGUGGUGACUUGGGCGAUGUCUACCAGCGCCUGGUCUCUGGACUGACUGAGCUUGAGAAAAACCUGACAUUCAUGCGCCACCAGCGCUAUGGCAAUCUAAGUGCAUGCCCCACUAAUUUGGGCACAACUCUGCGUGCAUCCGUUCAUAUACGCCUACCCCUUCUCAGCAAGGAUGAGGAUCGACUGAAGGCCAUGGCCGAGGAGCUGCAACUGCAGAUAAGAGGCACUGGUGGAGAACAUACAUCCAUUGAAGAUGGCGUCAUGGAUAUAUCUAACAAGCGACGUCUGGGAUAUACUGAAUUUGAGUUAGUUAAGUCUCUCCAAGAUGGCGUGGUGGCCUUGAUCAAUGCCGAGGAAGAGCUUGAGAUUGCUGGCCAGGAGUAGGCAAUACGUACAUUAUAUGUAUAUAAUGUGUAUAUUCUAUUUGUGUCUGUAUAUGCAAAUAUUUUUGAGUGUCUUACUAUAUUAUUUAAAAAGGCCCUGAGUACACAGACGGACCACAGACAACUUAAAUAAAUUUAUUCUGGAAAUGUUUUCUGGCACUUACCUUCCAA